AGUUUCCACUGUGUUAAAAUGGUGCAAAAAAUGUGCAUAAGCAAAGCAAUAGUUGAACACAUGCAAAACCACCAGCUGUUACAAAAUAAUCAGCCCUAAAUCAAAACAGGUUUGAAUUUAGAAGCAGUCUGCCCACUCUAGGAGGUUGUAGGUAAAGGCAGGUAAAACUGUGUUGAGCCAUUUCUCAGAGGGUAUGUAAUAAAUGAAGAAGUAACAGAUCUUUGAGCUGCUUAUUAGGAGGGAAGGAUACAGACUGUAAGAAGAAAAUGAAAAGUUGUCUCCUUGCCUCUUUCAUGCUAAUUAAUGCAUUCAGAAGCUGUACUGAAAGGAAUUUAAACUCGUGAUAGUCAUAAGAGAACAGAUCAAAGAAGAAAAAAACCCAGAUCAAGUCGAGGAAAAGAAAGCUGUACAUGCCUUUCAGUUAACAGACAGAAUACAAGUCUGAAGGAGGUAAGAUCUGUAAUUUUUUUAUUCUACCCAGAAUUUUCUAUGUUGCUUCAGAAGGGGCUUGACUGUCUCUAAGUGAACUCUGAAAAUGUUUUGUCUCCUUGGCUAGAAUUCUCUUCAGUGAAGUCACUGGGUUUUAUUACCUGUGUAAGGUUUGAGCAAGACCAAGCUCACAAAAUGCCCAGAAGAAACCACCAUUCGGAUGGCAACUUUUUCAGAGGGAAAGGACACAGCUAUCUUGCAGCAGAAGAAGUUCUGGGUAUUGGACUCUUCAUUCUGGUGCUGGCAAUUUUACUUGUCUUUGGCUGCUGGUAUUACAAAAGACGCAGUGGCUAUAAAAGUCUGCAGAGCAAAAGCUCUAGUGUGGGCACGAUACGAACCAUGGUAGGUGAGGGAAGAAUACUGGACUGCAAAAUGGCUCUGCAGGAGUACAGAAACUUUAAUCCUGUGGUGCCUGAUGCUCCACCAGCUUAUGACAAAAUUGCUGCAGAUCAGUCACCGCCACCUUAUUCACCAUGAUAACAUGGGAACUUAAACUCUAAACAUACCAAUUCAGUUUCUUCAUGCUCUCUCAAUUUCCUGUACUUUCUUAAAGCUAAAAUAAUUUUUUAAAAAAAUCACAUGCUUUCAUUAGCAGUUACUGAAAUAUUCCUGCUUAAUUUACAGAACUAGUGCUUGAAAUGCCUCAAUAAAUCUGAACAUGCUUUUAUUUCAAGUUUUUCAUUUCCUGUGGUCAGAUUAACACACUGUACUCAAGUCUGUGCAUCUUGCAUCCUUCAUAGUUCUACCAACAGUAAGU